AUGAAUAUUCAAGGCCUAUUUGCUAUCCUCUUUUCUUGCAUUGUUGCUUCACAAGCUGAUCCUAUUUUUGACGUCCUCAAGUAUGGUGCUUCAGGGGAUGGCCAAACUGAUGAUACACAAGUAAGCUUUGUGAAAGCAUGGGAAGAUGUUUGCGAUUCAACAGAGGGAAAUCCAACCCUUCUGGUACCUAAGAGAAGAACCUUUGUAUUGCAACCUACGGUUUUCCAAGGUCCUUGCAAGUCUCCAUCCAUUAAUUAUCAAGGUGAUGACUGUGUGGUCAUUAAUGGAGGUUCCUACAUGAACAUUAGUGGCAUCUUCUGUGGACCUGGUCAUGGCAUAAGCAUUGGAAGCCUGGGAAUAGGUGGAACUCAUGGCGCAGUGGAAGAGAUCCAUGUCAGAAACUGCACCUUCACCAGAUCUUCAAGUGGAGCCAGAAUCAAGACUAGGGAGGGUGGAUUUCGAUAUGUUAGAAAGGUCAUUUAUGAGGACAUAAUACUGAAAGAUGUUCAACAGCCAGUGCUCAUUACCCAACACUACAAUAUUUCUCAAACAAAUGGCAACAAAAAGGCUAUAAAAAUCAGUGACAUCACAUACAGGAGUUUCAAGGGAACUUCAGCUUUCGAGGAAGAAGUCAAAUUGGAAUGUGACAAUGUUGUAGGAUGCACCAACCUUGUGUUGGACGACAUCAAAAUUACAUCGUCUAACCCUGAAAUGAAGACCAGAGCCACCUGCACAAACGCUCAUGGCAAAAGUUCUGCCACCAACAUUCCUCAAGUUUCAUGCCUUCUAAAGUGA